CUGUGCAACCAACUUCGGGUUUGCGGGAGUUUGGUUACCGAAUAUGGGGUUUGUUCAAUGCUGUCCUGCACACUGAUUUCAAGAAUUACCUAUAAAGAAAACGAUGAAAAGAAGCUCCUAAAAAUUGGACAAAGACGUAAAUUGAACACGGGAGGAAUAGAAGAAAGAACUAAAGGAUCAUUCCUGUAGCUCCAUCUGUAUGUCUGCCAGAACGCAGAGAGAGAGAGAGGGAGCUUUAUUGGGAAUUCUUGAACCCUCAGCGGGACGCAAGAGAUCUCACCCCCAAACUUCCAAAACUUCCAAAGUCUUGGGAUCAAGUCAACAAACUGAUGCAGACGUCUUCAACUUUUCAUAGAAGGGCGUAAGGCUGCUGGCUGGCUGUCCUGUUCCAUCACAGAACAGAAUACCGAGCAGAGGACAGAGCCCCAAUGCCAGUGGACAUGCAGCCACAUCAGGGGCUGUAUCAUUAUGAGUCUACACCCAACCAGCCGCCCAGAGGCCUUGCUUCUUCAGGAAGGUCUCCCUACAGUGAAGUGUCAUCCCUGCAUGCUCCGCUCCACAAUGGCCAUCCUCAGGACUGCAGGAACAUGUAUAACCCAAUGACCCCUAACCCCAGAAACAAUCCUAACUCCGGUGUCAACCCCAUGGACCAGUACAUGAGACCCCCUCUGGCUCCCCCACUGCACAGCAUGAUGGGACACCGCAGCAUGAAUCAGUCCUCCGACGGUGGUAAUAGCACCCCCUACUGUCACAACAACCUCAUGUCAUCCCACCACGGCUUCCCCCAUGGACAGGGAUUAGACCAUGUGGGAGACGGCUCGCGGUUCUCAACGCCUCGCUCCAUGCUGAAGCUGAGUAAGAAGCGUGCCUUGUCCAUCUCGCCGCUGUCUGACGCCAGCGUGGACCUACAGACGGUCAUCAGAACCUCUCCUAACUCCCUGGUGGCCUUCGUCAACUCACGUUGUGGACCCAACGGAGCCAGCUCCUACGGACAUCUGUCUGUGGGCGCCAUGAGUCCAUCAAUGGGUUACUCCAACUCAAUGAACUACCAGUCCAGACAACCGAGCUCUAUGUAUGGUGGACACACCCCUGGACCCUGCCACGCCCCUCCCCCCCGACUACCCCCCCACAACCCCCGCCUCCACGCACCAAAACAUGGACACCUAAAGACAGAGCCAGUGCUGGGUAGUGUGAUGGAUGGGAUCAACAUUAAGAGUCUGGAGGAAAGGUCUGAGGGUGACGUGGCCAGCCCAUCCUCUACUGGCACACAGGAUCCUCUGAUGGGUCUGCUGGAGGGGCGGGAGGAUCUGGAUAAGGAGGAUAAACCGGAACCAGAGGCCAUCUAUGAGACCAACUGCCACUGGGAGAGCUGCAGCAAGGAGUUUGACACGCAGGAGCAGCUAGUCCACCACAUAAACAACGAGCACAUCCAUGGAGAGAAGAAGGAGUUUGUGUGCCACUGGCAGGAGUGUUCCAGGGAGCAGAGACCUUUCAAGGCCCAGUACAUGCUGGUGGUUCACAUGCGCAGGCACACAGGAGAGAAACCUCAUAAGUGUACUUUUGAGGGCUGUAAUAAGGCCUACUCUCGCCUGGAGAACCUGAAGACCCACCUGCGGUCUCAUACAGGGGAGAAGCCGUAUGUCUGUGAACACGAGGGAUGCAACAAAGCCUUCUCCAACGCCUCAGACAGAGCCAAGCACCAGAACCGCACACACUCCAACGAGAAGCCGUACGUGUGUAAGAUCCCCGGGUGUACGAAACGCUACACAGACCCCAGCUCUCUGCGGAAGCACGUGAAGACAGUCCACGGCCCUGAGGCUCACAUCACUAAGAAGCACCGAGGGGACACUGGGCCCCGGCCGCCUGGCUCGUCACUGACCCCUGGUGGACAGUCUGGUGAACUGCUGCUGGAGAAAGAGGAGACGAGACACAGGGAGGACUGCAAACUGCUGGCGCCUGAAUCUGCUCUGAAGUCUCAGCCCAGUCCGGGUGGCCAGUCGUCCUGCAGUAGCGAGCGUUCUCCACUGGGGAGCGCGAACAACAACGACAGUGGUGUGGAGAUGAACCUGAACGCAGCAGGGAGUCUGGAGGACCUGACCGCUCUGGAGGACGGAGGGGCGGGCGGAGGAGGGGAAGCUGGGGGAAGAGGGCAGGGCAUGGUAGGGAUGGGGGGCACGUCGUCUCAGGCCCUAAAGAGACUAGAGAACCUGAAGAUAGACAAGCUGAAACAGAUCAGAAGGCCCACUCCACCCGGACGCUGUGGUAGGAGUAGCAAGCUACCAGCACUCCCAGGUUGUCCAGGAGAGAUGAUGGGAGGGAUGUGUACUCCCUCGCCCCUCCUCUCCAACCGGCGCGUCAUGGAACUGUCCAAUCACGAGCUGGGCGGCGGACCCUCUGGCAUGCCCCCCCCUAUCAGUGACCGGAGGGGGAGUGGCACCAGCAGCCUGAGCUCUGCCUACACAGUGAGCCGUCGUUCUUCCAUGGUGUCCCCCUACCUCUCCAGCCGGCGCUCGAGCGAGGUCUCCCAGUUAGGAGGAGGUGGAGGAGGGUUCCUGGGUCCUGACCAGGGAGGAGGUGACCCCCUUUCCCCUGAGACCAGCCGUCGAAGAGGGCUCUGCCAUGGUGUUGGAGGGGGAGGAGGGUUGCCAGGUUUGCCUUGUCUAACACCCGCUCAGCAAUACAGCCUGAAGGCUAAGUAUGCAGCAGCAACUGGUGGCCCACCCCCUACCCCGCUGUCCAGUAUGGAACAGGGAGCAGGGACACCCGGGAGACGAGGAGUGCUCCUCAGCGAGUAUCAGGGUCAGCCGCUACCUGCGUUCCUGCAGCAGGGGGGUCAGAGGAGACACAGUGCCAACACGGGGGAGUAUGGCACUGGGGUCAUCUACCCGCACCAAACCCCAGGGAAUGCCACCCGGCGUGCCAGCGACCCUGUCCGCUCCACCGGCGACCCACAGGCCCUUCCCAAGGUGCAACGCUUCAACAGCCUGAAUAAUGUGGCCAUGAUGGGCCGGAGGAACGCCCUGCAGCAUUGUGGGUCAGACGCCAACAUCGCACGCCACAUGUAUUCGCCGCGGCCACCCAGCAUUACAGAGAAUGUCAUGAUGGAGGCCAUGGCUACAGACUACCAUGGAGGAACCAUGGAUGCCAGGAACCACUGCAUGAUGCUUUCCCCAGGAGAGAGAGGCUUCCUGGGCUACCAGUCCCACCACAUGGGGGGUCCCACCAGCUUGUUAUCACCCAGCCACGACAGCCUGGGAUGCCCAGAGCAGGGCUACCAGACACAGGGACAGAUGUUCAUGCAGGGUGGGAACUACCAGGGCACCUCCAGAGGACCAGGUCAGGGCCAGGUGGGACAGGGGGGACCCAUUCACCCAGAGGGGAUGUCCAACAUCUUGCUGCAGCAGGCUGAGUACAGUAUGAGUACCUGCCAGCUUAGUCCCUCUGGGCCACACUACCCCAGCCUGGACCAAGGUGGCCCCGAUGGAGGUACAGGGGCCUGGGUAGAGAGCAGCCAGGUCCAGACCACUCAUGGAGUUCUUCAGACGGAGAUGCAGUAUCAGGACCAGGGCUCUAUGCAGGGCCAGACACUGGGUCUGUACACCCAAGAGCCUGAUGGCGGACACAAACUGAUCAUCAAACCAGAACAGCAGCAGUACCACCCAGCCCUAGCCAACCCAGAUGCCUGCCAGAAGCAACUCCACCAACACCAGCAGCAGAGGCCCCAUCCAGGGCAGACACCCAUGCCCAUGCGACCCGUGUCCUCCCAGAGCAGUUACCCCCAGCAAGGGCAGCCUGGCCAGGGCAUGAUGAGGACCACCAACCCCAGCUGUGACUUCCAUGGAGGAGGCAUGGAGAACCAGAACCAGGCCUCCAUGCAGCAAGGGAAGCAGCAGGGUUCCUUCCCCCAAAGCGGCGGCAUCAGCCUGGGGUCGGCUGCGCUGGGUGCUGGGGGUCGCUCCCAGACACCCAUGAUGCAGGUGAAGGAGAUGAUGGUGAGGAACUAUGUGCAGUCGCAGCAGGCUCUGAUGUGGGGUCAGGAGCAGGACCAGAGGGGGAUAGGAGUGGAUGGGAAACCUCUUCCUCUGUCAGACAGCAUGGACAUGUCAGGACAGCAGGUGGCCAUGAUGCAGCAACAGCAUAGUCCUCAACACCAACAUAAUCUCUACCCCAACCCAGGCUCCAGCUACCCAGGCUACCCUACCAACCAGAACCUGAUGAGCCCCCCAGCACACAACCGAGUCCCCAGCUCAAGCUCCUCCAUCCCCCCGACGGAGGUAUCCAUGACGGGUCUGCCUGGAGGCCCAGGGUCCUGCUACGGCCAGGAUAUGGGGGCUCCUGUAGUCCCAAGACCCCCCCAGUGCCGGAAGCCCGUCAGCAGGCAGAAUAGUCUCCAGUCCCAAGGAGGCGGAGCGUACCUGGGCAGUCCUCCCCACCUCAGCCCAGUCCACUCUACCUCCAGCCCCAGACGUGUGGUCCGUCUGCCCCCUGUCCAGGGCCACAUGACCCCCCAUCAGACCCACCAGGAGAUCUUCCCCCCCUUAAACAACAUCAACAAUAACAUGUACUACUCUGGCCAGAUCCACAUGCAGCACUCUGACAUGGACAAGCAGCAGAUCCAACAAAUCAGCCACCCUCACCAGGACCCAACUCAGACCGGGCCCUGCCUCAACCAGCACCAACAGCACAUGGUAACCCACAUGGAUCACCAGGGCAAUAAGUCAGCGUCCCUAGCCUACCUUCAUGAGUCGACCCCCAUCUCCAAUGCUCUGGAGAACCUAGAUCUGGACAACGCCCAGAUAGACUUUACCUCCAUCAUCGAUGACCCAGACCCCUCGUCAUUCAGCCCCAUCAACCCUCCUCUCCACGGGGGUUCGUCCCAGACCUCGUCCCGCCUCACCACCCCUCAGACGUCCAUCACCAUGCCCUCCUCUGGGCUCCCUAACAUGGCUGUAGGAGACAUGACUUCCAUGUUGACAUCUCUGGCCGGAGAGAACAAGUACCUUAAUACACUGUCUUAGAACCCAAAGACUCGGUUCUAGAACAAGACCAGAACCUGAACACGCUCAUAAAGUUAACUAGAUGGGCUAAGCUCCCCGGGGGGGAGAAAUUACCUAGACAUACUCUCCACUGAACAAGUACUGAAACAUUUGUCAUUUACUAGACAAGCACCGAAACACAUUGUUCUAGAACACGUGUGUGUGGAUGAACACACUGUCAUAGACUAGACUAGGGGGCUCAGCUCGGUGGCUCUGGUGUUAGGUCACCUAUAAAGAUAAAGGUACUGUAAAUAUUACCUUUCCUUCUUGACCUCCCACACACUUUUUCUCAGCUACUCCUAGAGACUUUCAACCCAAACCAAAGGUACCUAUCGAUCUUGAUCUUGCUCACGGUGUACUAUACUCUACUCACAUUUCUGGCUCGCAGAGAAGGGGAAGGGUGACAGAAUUGUUUGCCUAAAAUGACUUGCAGAAUGUUUCCAUGGGACGUCAACACCAUAACGACAUCAUCUCCAUAAUGGAGUCAUCAGCAUAACGACAUCAUCACCGUAAUAACAUUGUCACCAUAAUGACACCAACACCAUAGUGAUGUCAUCUCCAUAAUGAUUUAAUCCCCAUAACGACAGUCAUUCCAGUCACAGAGGUUUUAUAGGGCAACAGAGGAUAAUAUGUAAAUAAGUUAUACAUUUACAUAUACAGUACAAGUCAAACGUUUUGACAUACCUACUCAUUCAAGGGUUUUUCUUCUUUUUUUUUUUUUUUACUGUUUUCUACAUUGUAGAAUAAUAGUGAAGACAUCAAAACUAUGAAAUAACACAUAUGGAAUCACGUAGUAACCAAAAAGGUGUUAAACAAAUCAAAAUAUUUUAUAAUUGAGAUUCUUCCAAGUAGCCACCCUUUGCCUUGAUGACAGCUUUGCACACUCUUGGCAUUCUCUCAACCAGCUUCAUGAGAUAGUCACCUGUAAUGCAUUUCAAGUAACAGGUGUGACCUGUUAAAAGAUAAGUUGUGGAAUUGAUUUUCUUCUUAAUGCGUUUGAGCCAAUCACUUGUAUUGUGACAAGGUAGGGGAGGUAUACAGAAAAGAUAGCCCUUUUUGGUAAAAUACCAAGUCCAUAUUAUGGCAAGAACAGCUCAAAUAAGCAAAGAGAAAUGACAGUCCAUCAUUGGUUUAAGACAUGAAGGUCAAUCAAUGCAAAACAUUUCAAUAACUUUGAGUAGGUAUGUCCAAAAUUUUGACUGGUACUGUAUGCUGUGUACACUACAUAUAAAAAAGUAUGUGGACAACCCUACAAAUUAGUGAAUUCGGUUAUUUGCGCCACACCCGUUGCUGACAUUUGUAUAAAAUCCAGCCCACAGCCAUGCAAUCUUCAUAGACAAACAGUGGCAGUUGAAUGGCCUUACUGAAGAGCUCAGUGACUUUCAACAUGGCACCGUCAUAGGAUGCCACCUUUCCAAUAAGUCAGUUCGUCACAUUUCUGCUCUGCGAGAGCUGUCCCGGGCCAAUUGUAAGUGCUGUUAUUGUGAAGUGGAAACAUCUAGGAGAAACAAACGCUCAGCCGCGAAGUGGUAGGCCAUACAAGCUCACAGAACGGGACUGCCUAGUGCUGAAGAGUGUUGUGCUCUGGAAGCAAUGUCCUUCACAAGAACUGUUUGUAGGGAGCUUCAUGUCAUUUGUUUCCAUGGCCAAGCAGCCACACGCAGCCUAAGAUCACCAUUGCGCAAUGCCAAGCAUCGGCUGGAGUGGUGUAAAUCUCGCCACCAUUGGACUCUGGAGCGGUGGAAACGCGUUCUCUGGAGUGAUGAAUCACGCUUCACCAUCUGGCAGUCCGACGGACAAAUCUGGGUUUGGCGGAUGCCAGGAGAAUGCUACCUGCUCAAAUACAUAGUGCCAACUGUAAAGUUUGGUGGAGGAGGAAUAAUGGUAUUGGGUUGUUUUUCGUCGUUUGGGCCAGGCCCCUUAGUUCCAGUGAAGGAAAAUCUUAACGCUACAGCAUACAAUGAUAUUCUAGACGAUUCUGUGCUUCCAACUUUAUGGCAACAGUUUGGGGAUGGACCUUUCACUGUUUCAGCAUGACAAUGCCCCAAUGUACAAAGCGUGGUCCAUACAGAAAUGGUUUGUCGAGAUCGGUGUGGAUGACUGGCUUGCACAGAGCCCCGACCUCAACCCCAUCGAAUACCUUUGGCCUGCACAGAGCCCAACAUCAGUAACCGACUUCACUAAUGCUCUUGUGGCUGAAUGGAAGCAAGUCCCUGCAGCAAUGUUCCAACAUCUAGUGGAAAGCCUUCCCAGAAAAGUAGAGGCUGUUAUAGCAGCAAAAGGGGGAUGAACUCCUUAUUAAUGUCCAUAAUUUUGGAGAUGAGAUGAGAGGUUUGACGAGCAGGUGUCCGCUUACUUUUGGUCAUGUAGUUUAUAUGACAAUGUUGACAGUGACAGUGACGGAACUCUACUGUAUCGUGGACUGAUAAGGGAAUUCCGAGACGAACAAAUCAGAUUCUAGAUUCUCAUUCUGGUUCCGUAAUGAGAACUGAGGUCAACAAAUCUGUUCCGAGGAAGAAUGUUUUGUUGAAAGUGCCUGAAAAACAAUAUUGACUGAAAAAUACAUCAGUGCUUUGAAGCUGUAUCUAUAUCCCUAGGGGCACAACCCUGUCAGUGACACACAAAACAUGAUGACACACACACGAUAGUGAUGACACGCACACAUACAGUUGAAGUCGGAAGUUUCAUUUUUCAACCACUCCACAAAUUUCUUGUCAACAAACUAUAGUUUUGGCAAGUCAGUUAGGACAUCUACUUAAUGCAUGACACAAGUAAUUUUUACAACAAUUGUUUACAGAUUAUUUCACUUAUAAUUCACUGUUUCACAAUUCCAGUGGGUCAGAAGUUUACAUACACUAAGUUGACUGUGCCUUUCAACAGCUUGGAAAAUCCCAGAAAAUUAUGUCAUGGCUUUAGAAGCUUCUGAUAGGGUAAUUGACAUAAUUUCAGUCAAUUGGAGGUGAGGUGUACCUGUGGAUGUAUUUCAAGGCCUUACCUUCAAACUCUGUGCCUCUCUGCUUGACGUCGUGGGAAAAUCUAAAGAGAUCAGCCAAGACCUCAGUAAAAAAUUGUAGACCACAAGUCUGGUUCAUUCUUGGGAGCAAUUUCCAAACGCCUGAAGGUGCCACGUUCAUCUGUACAAACAAUAGUAUGCAAGUAUAAACACCAUGGGACCACUUUGGUGCGAAAAGUGCACAUCAAUCCCAGAACAACAGCAAAAGACCUUGUGAAGAUGCUGGAGGAAACAGGUACAAAGUAUCUAUAUCCACAGUAAAACGAGUCCUAUAUCGACAUAACCUGAAAGGCCGCACAGCAAGAAAGAAGCCACUGCUCCAAAACCGCCAUAAAAAAAGCCAGACUACGGUUUGCAGCUGCACAUGGGGACAAAGAUCGUACUUUUUGGAGAAAUGUCCUCUGGUCUGAUGAAACAAAAAUAUAACUGUUUAGCCAUAAUGACCAUCAUUAUGUUUGGAGUAAAAAGGGGGAGGCUUGCAAGCCGAAGAACACCAUCCCAACCGUGAAGCUCAGGGGUGGCAGCAUCAUGUUGGUGGUGUGAUUUGCUGCAGGAGGGACUGGUGCACUUCACAAAAUAGAUGGUAUCAUGAGGAGGGGAAAUUAUGUGAAUAUAUUGAAGCAACAUCUCAAGACAUCAGUCAUGGGUCUUCCAAAUGGACAAUGACCCCACGCAUACAUUUGUGGCAAAAUGGCUUAAGGACAACAAAGUCAAGGUAUAGAGUGACCAUCACAAAGCCCUGACCUCAAUCCUAUAGAAAAUGUGUGGGCAGAACUGAAAAAGCGUGUACGAGCAAGGAGGCCUUACAAACCUGACUCAGUUAUACCAGCUCUGCCAGGAGGAAUGGGCCAAAAUUCCCCCAACUUAUUGUGGGAAGCUUGCGGAAGGCCACUCGAACCGUUUGACCCAGGUUAAACAAUUUAAAAGCAAUGCUACCAAAUACUAAUUGAGUGUAUGUAAACUUCUGACCCACUGGGAAUGUGAUGAAAGAAAUAAAAGCUGAAAUAAAUCAUUCUCUCUACUAUUAUUCUGACAUUUCACAUUCUUAAAAUCAACUGGUGAUCCUAUCUGACCUAAGACAUGGCAUUUUUAUAAGGAUUAAAUGUCAGGAACUGUGAAAAACUGGGUUGAAAUGUAUUUGGCUAAGGUGUAUGUAAACUUCUGACUUCAACUGUACAUAAUGAUGACAGACAUAGCGUAAUGAUGACAUAUCAUAUCAGUAUUCACUCAGAGGCCUUUUUAGCAUUAAUCUGCCUCCAUACUCUGAAUCUGUUGUAUGGUAAAGUACAUGUUUUUAGACCUGUUACAUGUUUAUUAUACCUAAGUGUUCUUAAAGCAGCUCACUAUUUUACAAGUAUAAGGGUUAUAGGAUAAGAAUAUCAAAAAAGUGCCUUUGUCUAAACUUAUCCACGAGAGGUACAGAGAAUAAAAGAGGGAGAGAGAGAGAGAGAGAGAAAUAAAGGUGGAACUUCUGAAUUAAAUCAAAUAUUGCAUCUGGUACAGUAUCAUACGACCCAACUUGGUCACAUAUUUGACAGGGUCUUAAAGAUACCUUCCCUAACCCCGGAAAACCUUAAACAGGAUUCAUAAUGGAUUGGGGGUACGGCGUUGAGGUACUUUAGCGUGUACAGUAUAUGGCGGUGAGGCUCUCUGACCAUAGACAUAGAAUCAGUCCACCUAUUAUGGUAUCAUUGACUUGAUUGGGGAGAUCCUUUCUAUAGAUUCUAGAGCCUCUACCUCUGACAGCCUGUUCACAGCCAUGACCAGUAGAGCUGAUAUCACAUGACAUCAUACUGUAGCAUUGCACUGACUGCAGCAUUGCGUGGACGUGGACGAGUCUCUCUCCUUGACUUUGUGACAUAGAGACUGUCUAGAGGCCAACACGUUGGCCUACAUGGCUUUGAUUUCAUGUAAGCAUCAGCUUGGAGGAUGAUGGAAUGUAUCUUACAGUAGUAUCUAUCUGUUUGGAUGGUUAUUCUAGAUCACGUUUACACACAACUACAGGAGAUCUUAUGAGGCUGUAUUUCAAAUCAAAAUGUAUUGCUCACAUACACGUAUUUAGCAGGUGUUAUUGCAGGUGUAGCGAAAUGCUUGUGUUCCUAGCUCGAACAGUGCAGCAAUAUCUCAGUAUUGGUGCCUUUUCAAUCACGCUUUAUUAUUUCUAGUACUUUACUGUUGUUCUUAAUGCAGGAUUAGAGUCAGUAGUCAGGAAAAACGAAUCUAGUCAGGAAAACUGUGUACAACCUAUCAACCAACCAAAGACGAUUUGAACGAACAAUAUUCAAGGAGAAAAAAAAAGGAAGAAGAUGCACAAUACUCAUAGUCACAGCUCAUAGUCACCGCUAUGAAGGUGUGAAUGGUUUGAUAGUGCUGUUACUUAGAAUGUAUGAAAUGUUUUGUAUAAAAGUAACAUGUCCUCUUUUUGUUUCUGUAAGAAUGAACUUUAUCGUGGAUAUUUGCCUUUCUUCUCUGUGUUGUGUGUUUUGAUACCUGCCUGUCACCGUUCUAUCAGACUUUUUUGCUGGCAAAAUAAUAUUCUGUUAAGCAACAAAGGUUAUGAUCAUAGCGUUUUCUGUUUACACAGGAUAUAUUUUGUGUACAAUUUUCUAAAUUUUAUACAAAUGUACUAUAUUUUACCAAUUAAAAAUACACAUGUU